CCACUUUUUGGUUCAAAUCUCAAGCUUUUGGCUUGACAAUUGCUGCAGAAACUCUGUCAAACCCGCCCUCACUGCUUUGCGCUUGGCAGCGCUGGUUCUAUUGAGCAAGAUGGUGUUCGCGGAGGGCUCCAUGCUAAGCACUCUCACUUUGGCCACCAUUUGGGCUUUCUUUGUUUCGUUGGGAGUUGCAAUCUAUCUGAUCAUCAAGGGGAAGUACAUUCAGAUGCAGAAGCUGAUGUUGAUGGUCACCAUCAUUGCGAAUUUGCGUUACUCGGUCUUCGGCAUCAAAGGCGCCAUCAGUUGGGUCACCAAUUUGUCGGACGCCUUCACCGACCUCCUCGUGGGCAUUGAUGACACCUGUGCGUCGGAGGCGCCGGCCAUUUGCAUGGAGCUGCCGGGGAAUCCCAACAGCUUGCGAGGUAUACCGGGCAUCCCAGCUGGGCCACCGACUUGUACCAGUUGUUUGGUGAAGGUCCGACCGUCGAUCAGAUUUGCAUGCACAUCCACGUUCUCAGCAUGACACUCGCCUUGAGCAUCUCGUUCCUCCAUAUCUUCGUGCUGCGCGGCAAGAUCCAACGCCGCGCGGGGCAGCUGUCGGCGCUGUCCGCGGCGAUCGGGGUGCCCAUGGGGCUGGUGGUGGGGUUGACGAACACCACCUCAGCGGCCUAUGGUGGUAUGUGGGCGGUCUAUGGCUGGAUGUGGAUGGCAGGAUCCAGCUUCUUCUUGUUGAGCAAAGGGGUUUUGGCCGUGCUGCAGGGCCAAAUCAAGUCGCACAAACGUUGGAUGACGCAUUUCUAUGUCUCCAUGUGGUGUGACUUCUUGAUCUUCCGUUUGAUGCUGGUCGUCGUCACUCCCUUCGUCCGCCAGUGCAUUAGUUGCGCCUUCUUGCCGAUGAUCUACUUGUCUCCAUUGAUCGGGCUGAUUGCGGGCGAACUGGUCCUACGAAACAAGGACAAUGGAAGCUGGGCCUCCAACUAUGACAAGAUGAAGAUCGCAAAACCCUGAGUGACCGAACGGAUGGACAUCUCUUGGAUUCUCUUGGUGAAUUGCGGUGGUGUGGGGCCCAGGCUUUGCGAUCGAUCGUGGAUCAAGCCAAAAAUUGCCAUGACCUGUAACUUGCGCCCAGAGUUGGUACAAUAUCUCCAUAGGAAGACAAGAAUGUUUUAUGAUGUCUC